AUGACAAGCUCGCAUUUAUAAAAUCUCCGCGAUUAAACCACCGAUCGCCAUUUCCCCCCGACGUCGCCCUCUUACGCCACCGAAAAAGAAAAACCCUAUUCCUCCACCUAUACAUACAAAUCCUUCUAUUCUCUCUGCACAUGCAUGCUUGCAUGCAUGCAUGCCCAUCCAAUCAGUCAAAAGAUGAUGCUAUGAUGCAGGUAAUUAUACAUAGACGUGCCUCGUAAUAUUCACAAGUACAUAAUAUAUUAAUGUACAUUUUUUGUGUCUACGUAUAAUUAUCUGUGUUGGUUUUAGUAAAUUUGAGAAAAGCUAGAGUUUGUGAAAUUAUAAUGAGUUGGGAGUCAUUUUUGGUGAGGGAAAAUGAAAAGUUCUGAAGAAGGUUCGGGGGGUUUGAAAAUGGAUCAGUUGAAAAUGAAGGCCGUGAAUUCUUAUAAUGAUCUGCAUGAUCAGAAUGCUAAUUCACCCAAGUUGAAAAGUAAUUUAAAAAUGAGGCCCUCGAAUUCUUUCAAUGAUUUGCAUGAGCAGCCUGGUUCGCCUUCCGUGACUCCGAGAGCGCCAGCUGUGGUGGUGUCGAAUUCGAGCAAGGCCUUGGCGUGCUCUGCCUCGGGGAAGGCCUUGUUGGGUUCGAAUUCGAGCAAGUCGUUGUUGGGGGGUUCGAGUUCGAGCAAGUCAUUGGUGGUUUCGAGUUCUAGCAAGUCCUUGUUGGGCUCGAAUUCGAGCAAGUCAUUGGCGGUUUCCAAUUCGGGUAAGGCAUUAGGCAUGUCGAGUUCAGGGAAGAGGAUGGACCAGAAGAAGAAGUAUGUGAAACAGGUGACUGGGAAGAAUAAUGACACGGAGCUGCAUUUGGCAGCGCAGCGUGGGGAAGCGAGUGCUGUGAAGGAGAUUUUAGGGGAGAUUGAUGCGCAGAUGCUGCAGACGUCGAGUGGGGCGGAGUUUGAUGAGGAGGUGGCGGAGAUUAGGUCUGCAGUGGUGCAUGAAGUGAAUGAGUUGGGGGAGACUGCGAUGUUUACUGCUGCGGAAAGAGGGCAUAUGAAUGUGGUCAAGGAGCUGUUGCCGUACAUGACAAAGGAAGGCCUUGCUAUGAAGAACAAGACUGGUUUUGAUGCAUUGCAUAUUGCCGCGAGGCAAGGUCACGAAGCCAUUGUGCGGAUGUUGUUGGAAUGUGACCCGGAGCUAAGCAAAACAAUUGCCCAAUCAAAUUCGACUCCUCUUGUGUCUGCAGCUUCGAGAGGGCAUACAGCUGUUGUCAAAGUGCUGCUAGAAAAGGAUCCGAGUUUGAUAGAUAUCCCGAGGUCUAAUGGGAAGAAUGCGCUGCAUUUAGCAGCACGUCAGGGUUAUGUAGAAAUUGUUGAGGCAUUGCUUCAGACAGAACGGCAGUUGCCAAGAAGAACGGAUAAAAAAGGGCAAACUCCAUUACAUAUGGCUGUCAAAGGUGUUAGCUCUGAAGUAGUCAGGUUGCUUCUACAGGCAGAUCCAGCUAUCGUGAUGCUACCAGACAAAUUCGGCAACAUAGCUUUACACGUUGCUGCCAGAAAAAAGCGAACUGAGAUAGUCAAUGAGCUUUUAAUCAUCAGAGAUACUGAUGUCAAUGCAUUGACAAGAGACAACAAAACAGCCCUUGACAUUGUAAUAGCACUCCCUCUGUCUGAAGAAGCCGCGGAAAUGAAGGACUGCUUGAUGCGUUUUGGGGGUAUGACAGCCAGUGAUCUGAACAACCAACCGCGAGAUGAACUUAGGCAAACUGUAACAGAAAUCAGAAAAGAAGUGCACUCACAACUUGAACAAGCACGAAAGACCAACAGAAAUAUGACUGGCAUUGCCAAGGAGCUCCAGAAGCUGCACAGAGCAGGGAUCCUCAAUGCUGCUAACUCAGUCACUGUCGUUGCAGUCCUGUUUGCAACCGUUGCAUUUGCAGCUAUUUUCACAGUUCCUGGUGGUAAUUAUGAUUCUGGAAUGGCUGUCAUGGUUCACUCUACGCCCUUCAAGAUAUUCUUUAUCUCUAAUGCAAUUGCCCUCUUUACAUCAUUAGCCGUGGUGGUGGUGCAGAUAACGGUUGUCAGAGGCGAGAUAAAAUCUGAGAGACGAGUUAUUGAGGUGAUCAAUAAGUUGAUGUGGUUAGCCUCUGUGUGCACCUCCGUGUCAUUUAUUUCUUCGUCCUACAUAGUUGUGGGGCGGCGCAAUCAAUGGGCUGCAAUCCUUGUGACAGUCAUAGGGAGCGUCACAAUGAUAGGAGUCUUGGGAGGGAUGACAUAUUAUGUGGUGAAGUAUAAAAGGUUGCGGAGAGUGAGAAAGAGAGCAAAGGUCUAUAGGAAUCGUUCAAACUACUGGCACGACGACUUGUCUGAUUCUGAUAUAAAUCCAAUUUAUGCAAUUUGAUGUCUCCAGGAGAGAUUGUUUAUUGUUUACAAGCAACUAUGCAAACACGGAGCAGGACGGGUCAAAAUUGAAGUGCAACAUGGUGCAAAAGCCACAACUGAACUCCGCGGAGCUGGAAAGAUCGCCUUGAAAGGCAAGCAUAUUCUUGCACAAGAGCGCAAUCACACUGAAACGGUGUAAUACUGCAUAAAAAUUACAGAUUCUGACAUAGGAUGUCGAAAAUACAUGGACUGGACAAAUAUUGAUCUCAUCUCUUAAUAUAUAUGGUGGUGCCCGUGAGUUUACAAGAAGAUCACUAACAUUUUUUUGUCUCCCGUAUAAAAUUAGUUAGUCUGGCAACUCUUGAUCAAAUCUGAAGCUGGGGUGAAGACAAAGUGUAGUUAGUUACAUAUAUGUUAUUUCUCUUGUAUUUAAGCAAUGAGAACAGACACAUGUUUCACAAUAAACGGUGGAAAGGAGGGGAGGGCUUUGCAGUUAGACUAGGGGCGGCUUGACUUUGCUUUAAAAAUUUUAAGACAGCAAAUUUCUCUCCGUCAAACAGAAUUUUGUUACUCCUUCUCUUUUCAAAUUUUAGUCGUUUAAGAAAUAUUCGCUUGUUUUUUCACUAAACAUCAUUCUCUUCUUCAAAAGAAGUGUUCUUGAGCUAUAAUUUUACAGAUUAAAAAUGCAACUGAUUUUGAUCCCGAGCUGGUCUAAUGAUUUCCUCAAACGCGUGUGUUUUCUUGAAGAAUCCCGAGCUUUUCUUGAAGUUUUUCUUUAAUUUUUAGUGAAAAUUUGUGUGGAGUUAUAAGUUGACUAGUAAUGGA